AUGACUUCUGUCCCCACAGCCAACUGGAACAUGAGCAUGAGCAGCAGGGGGAACGUGAGCCUUGCUGCAGCAAGUGAUGUCUGGGGACAGGCACUGGGAGCACCAGCUGGAAAUGCUUCUCCCCCCAUAGCAUCCUCACCAAGCAACUUCUCCAAUCAGUUUGUACAACCCUCUUGGCGCAUUGCCCUGUGGUCUCUGGCUUAUGGUGGUGUGGUGGCAGUGGCUGUUUUCGGAAAUCUCAUUGUCAUCUGGAUUAUCCUGGCUCACAAGCGCAUGAGGACAGUGACAAACUACUUCCUGGUGAAUCUGGCCUUCUCUGAUGCCUCCAUGGCUGCUUUCAAUACCCUCAUCAACUUCAUCUAUGCGCUGCACAGUGAGUGGUACUUCGGAGAGGCUUACUGCCGCUUCCACAACUUCUUCCCAAUCACAGCUGUCUUCGCCAGCAUCUACUCCAUGACAGCAAUAGCUGUGGACAGAUACAUGGCCAUUAUUGAUCCCUUGAAACCUAGGCUCUCUGCAACUGCUACCAAGGUGGUCAUUGGGAGCAUAUGGAUUUUGGCUUUCCUGUUGGCCUUUCCCCAGUGCCUAUACUCCAUAACCAAGGUGAUGCCUGGGAGAACUCUUUGCUAUGUAGCAUGGCCAGGUGGUCCAAAACAGCAUUUUACGUAUCAUAUCAUUGUGAUUGUGCUGGUCUACUGCUUUCCACUGCUUGUCAUGGGCGUCACUUAUUCCAUGGUGGGAAUUACCCUCUGGGGAGGAGAAAUACCAGGUGACACAUCCAACAAAUAUCACGAGCAGCUCAAAGCUAAAAGAAAGGUGGUAAAAAUGAUGAUUGUGGUUGUGCUGACAUUUGCCAUCUGCUGGCUGCCCUACCACAUUUACUUCAUAGUCACUGGUAUCUAUCAACAAUUAAACCGGUGGAAAUACAUUCAGCAAAUCUAUUUAGCCAGCUUUUGGCUUGCCAUGAGCUCUACAAUGUACAAUCCCAUUAUCUACUGCUGUCUUAACAAGAGGUUCCGAGCUGGCUUCAAGCGAGCUUUCCGCUGGUGCCCCUUCAUUGAAGUGUCCAGCUAUGAGGAACUAGAGCUCAAGGCAGCCCGGUUCCAUCCCACCCGGCAAAGUAGCCUAUAUGCUGUGUCCAGAAUGGAGUCCAGCAUGACAGUGGUGUUGGACACUAAUGAUGGAGACAGCAUGCACGCCAGCCACAAGAAAAGAGCACCUCCGAGGGACUUGAGUUUUAAUGGUUAUUCACAGAGGAAUUCCAAGACCGUCUCCACAGCCUCAAGUCUCAUCAGUUCACUGCACACUUCAGCAGAUGUUUAUUCCUAA